AUGCAAAAUCGAAAACUUCUUCACGGAGCCCCUUCGCCUGGCGCUGGACAGUGGAGUGCACCGUGCCAGGAGCAGAUGAAGGGGACGAGACUUCGAACGACGAGGGCUCGACUGUGGGUGCCGUGGACGGAGACAACAACAAAGGUGCUUGAGAUGAAUGUUCAGACAGUCCCGUGCGUUCGUUCCUCCCUGUCAGGUGUACGCGAUGAAGCUCCUUCGUCGGCCACACCAGCAUAUGCCGCUGCAGGCACUGACAUCAACGCGCUUGAAGGCAGCAGCAGCGGUCCUGCUGAAGCAGUUCCUCCGCAUGCGCCAGCGAGACCGGCAAGCUUGAGUGCCCGUCAGGGGCUGAUGGAACGCAAGGCGGGGGGCGACGCAGAAGCGACAAGGCAGAGGAAAGGCGAAGAAGAAGAAGCGGACCUCUUGCACGCAGCAGAGGAGGAGGAGGAGGAGGAGGAGGAGGAGAGCGGGAGGGAAGACGAGCGACGGCGGCGAGAAGAAACGCUUCGGCUGGAAGCCGAGGCUGUCGAAGCCGAGCGGCGGCGGCAGCGGGUGCUCCAAGAAGAGGAGGAGAAGAGGUUGGAGGAAGCCGCCGCGGCGGCUGCGGCUGCCGUGUUGCAAGCAGAAGAACGGGAACGCGAACGCAUGCGCGUGCUCGAAGACGAGGAGCGAGAGCGAGAGCGAGAACGCCAACGCGCUCUCGAUCUGGACCGAGAUCGCCAGAGGAACGAAGACCGACGUGUCGCAGCUGAAGCGGCGGCGGCGGCGGCGGCGGCAGAGGAAGAGAGAACUGCGAGGGAGAAGGAGGAAGAAGAAGAAAGCAGGCGUUGGAUGCGUGCGCGACAGGAAGCCGAGGCGCGUGACAACAAGCGACGCCUGGCCGCCCGGCGCGAAGAAGAGGUAGGAAGGCGGCCCUUGCCGGACGUGGCUGAUGCUAAGGCAAGGGAGGAGCGGAACCAAGAGGAGGGUAUAGCAAGAGAGCGGCGCGGCGGCGGCUCCGUUGCCUCGCGAGAGUCACCGUCAGGAGCGGCGAAAGUCCAACUCGCUACCGAACCGGAGACUCCUUUCAGAGACGCAGAUACUGCGGGCCUACCUGCGCCAUCGCCUACGAUGCAGCAGGAUGCGGCUGCUGCCGUAGUUCCCGCUGCUGUGACUACCACCACCACCAGCAAGAGCAGGGCUCGGGAAGAGGCUUGGGCCGCGGCCAGGACGCUUGCGGAGCAGAAGGCCCGGUCGCAGGCAAUGCGCGAUGCCGCUUUGAGGGCAAGCGCUCAAGCAGAGCGGGGUGGUACCGGGGCGAACUUGACGGACACUGGGAGCGGGGCAGGGGCUUCUUCGGCCGGCUUUUCGGAGGAACCGGUCCCAGUUGCACCGCGGAGAGGCCGCGGCGGUGGCGAUGAUCCCGAGCCGAACAACAGCAGCAACCUGGGAAAUGUGACGCUCGAUACGCCCGUGGCAGAGAGCGGGCAGCGCGCCGACGCACCGCGGCCGCGGGUGGCCGUGCCGGCGGCGCUUGAGGUUUCGAGCGGGGGGUGGAGAGGGUUCUUUGCUGGGCGGAGACAGGAGGGAGGUGGGGAGGCUUCGGCCACGUCCAGCGUUUCCGGCAGUCAGGUCAGUACCGUCAUUGUCACAGAGCCCGCGAACGCCGGCGCCGCAGCCGCGGGGAACAACCGCCGGGCCGGCCCGCACGACUUCGUGCGGGUAAAAUUGACCCGCAGGCGCCGAGGCAGCACCAGCGGCCCGGGUGGGAAUGUUACAGGCGCCAAUCCAGACCCACCACCGAUGGAAUGCGCGGCUUGCCUCGGGCAGUGGGACACCGGGGGUUCCGCCAUGAAUCGGUGGUACCGGUGCCGCCGCUGCGGGGGCACGGUGCACGGGGCGUGCCGGCAGUUCUUUCAGGCGGGGGAGGCGUGUGCUGAGCAGAGGGGGGAGGGGGGUCUCGCGAGGCCGGCGGGGUGGCGGGACCCUGUGAAUCGCGCCGGCGUUGUGCAGGUGGGAGUUCUUCAGGCCUUCGACCUGUCCCUGAAGCCUGGAGAGAGCGUCUACGUCGCCCUGCGUCUACUGCCUUGGGAAGAGAGGGUCAAAACCGGGUCGGCUAAGUGGGGAGAAAUUGGCGCGUCCUGGCCGUCGCAGGUCUCCGCAAGGCACGACCUCCUUCACCUCUACAACAGCGACGCCACACCGGUGCCGACCCUGAGGGUAGAGGUCUGGAGGUCCGCCAUGCGAGUGCUCGACGACCUCCUCGGGUACGCCGCCAUCAACAUGGCCCCCCUGCUCGCCCGGCCCGGCUCGACUUCCGAACGGUGGCAUGUCCUGUCCGACCCGAACCACGCCUCGACUACCGGAGACCCCCGACUAUCCGGGGAGGUUGCGGGAACGUCCCCUCCCUCCUCCGCCGGAACCAUCCUCCUCUCGCUAGGGUUCACCCCUACGGGGGGGACACCGAGCAUCCGUCCCCUGCCUGCAACGCCUCUCGUCAUCGGCUCCUCCAAUAGGACUCCUCGUCAUGCCUCGUCUGAAUCCCCCGCCGGCUGCAGUACAUCCAACUUCGGGUGGGUGGGGGGGGACAACGGGAGGAGAACCCCUCGAGCAGAAACGCCCGCGAUACCGGAAGGGUUCAGCCUGGGGGAAGCGGCGAUGCCGGGCGAGGGCGGGGGCGGCGGCACGAGUAGCAGCGGGGCUGCGGAACGAGCGGACGCGUUGUCUUCUACGCAGCGGGUGGUGGAUGCUCAAGCGGCCUCCUCGGCCUUGAUCCACGACGGUGAUGUCGGCGGCGGGGAAGCCUUGGACGAUGCUGAGAGAGAUGGUGGCAGAGGAGGUCUCUUGUUGCCGGAAGAGGCGGCGGGGGAGACUCCGGAUGAGGGGGGGGGUGUUGUCAAGGUGGACGCCGGUAGCGGCGAGGUGUUGGAGCUGAAUGGCACACAAGAGCAAGAGCCUGGAAAGGGAAAGGUUCACCUUUUCCGUGUCAAGACUUACUCCGCUCCCGUGUGGUGCGAGAUCUGCGGAAGGUUUCUACUCGGGAUGCGCAACCAGGGCUUCUGCUGCGAGGCGUGUGGCAUGAACGUACACCGGGGCUGCCAGCUGAGGGCCAACUUUUCCAAGUCGUGCCCCGGUCAGGGCAGGAAGGGUACAGGUGGAAAUGAAGACGACGGGGGCCCCGAGGGGAACCGGAGAAGCAGAGAGGUGGAGGAAGGGGUGGGCCUCAUUCAGAUUCACCUGCGCUCUGCUCACCGCUGCGGAACGCGGUGCAACGGCGGCCACCACAGCUACCUCGACAACGAACGCGGCGGUUUCAUGGGAAGCGGUACGUAUUCCGCCGCCGCCGCCUCCGCAGCUGCCACCGCCGGCACGCCGACUGCCACCGACCCGUUCCAGGCGGCAAAGGGCGCCGCGGAAAAGAAAGGUUUCCAGAUAAAUGGAGGCAUGUUUUCUCCUGGUCGGCGACGGGCACGAGGGAACGGAUGGAAGGAAGAUGACGGUUUUUUCCGUGGGGACCACUACUGCCGGGUUAGAGUGGGACGGAAGGGGGAUCCGUCGGAUCUGGUGGAGGAGGUUCGAACCGAAGCCGUCUUCCAGACCCCAGACCCCGUCUUCGAACGCACGUGGGUGUUCGUGGCCCCCUCUUACGACUCUUGUGUCACCAUCGACCUCGUCGAUGCCUCCACCGAUAGGCCGGCCGGGCGUUUCGAAACCACCGUCAUCGGCCUCUUGCAGGCGGACUACGACGCCCGCGCGGUCGGCAAAACGCCACCAAGUCAUGAACACAGGAACAUUAGGCUCUUGUCCCCGGGCAUGGCAGAAGACGAGGCCAGCAUCACGGGCUUGCUGCAGGCGAGAGUGGAGUUCGACGAGAGCACCGAGGCCUUGUUCGGGCCUAACGGAAUCCUAGGCCCGGGGGGGGGAGACGCCCUCAGACUUGUGCCCCCCCGUCAGAAGGCCGACCUCGGGGUAGAAACCCUCAAGUCGUUGGUGGCGAGGAUAAAGGGCGUUUUUCUUUGGUUCAAGAUGGCCAAGGACUGCUACAGCCGCGUCAUGUCCUGGGACAACCCCGCCCUCUCCUCCAUCAGCCUGAUGGCCUUCGUCUACCUCACCCUGGUCGCGAACGCCGAGUAUCUCUUGGCCCUCCUGCCCUUCUCCCUGCUCAUGUUCAUGACCUGGGGUUUCCUGCAGAGGCGCGGAGGCGGUUACGUCCAAUCGUGGGUGUCCUCAGAAAGCGGCGGUGCUCAAGGGCCGGGGGGGUCGAAGGGUGCUGGGUUCAGAGCCGUGGGGACGCUCAAGAUUGCCGUGGUUAGAGGCAAGGGGCUCAUCUCCUCAGACUUGAACCUUCCCGGAAACGCCUACGUCAGGGUUUCCUAUGUCGUCCCUGACAACAGCACCGGCGGCGAUGACGACGGCCACCACUCCAACACCAGGGAAUACCUCGUCGGGCAGACAGUGCCGCAGCCCACGGGGGACUGCCCGGUGUGGGGGAGCGUCGGGGUCGGCGGCGGCGGCGGGGGUGGAGGGACGGGGGGUGGGGGGGGUGUUGGAGGAGCGCAGGCAAGCACGCGUGUGUCGUCCGUGUCGAUGAUGGACCAGAGCAGGGGGCCCGGGUUUCUGUCGGGCGGGAGCGAUGCAAUUCUCCAGAACAUGAUGGAUGUCUGGGGCAGACACGCCUCCUCGGGGGCCGCCGUAACGCACGUAGAAGGUUCUGGGGAACGGUCCGCGGAACAGUCCGAGCAACGCCCCGAAUCGACGACGGCGGGUCAGGAAGAGGAGGACAUGUGCUUCGUCUACCCGGUGUUGCAGCCGGUGUUGAGGAGAAGAGCAAGAGACGGCCGCGGGGGCGGCAGCUUGCCGUGGUCGGGCGAGGAGUCUAGAACGUUCCUGCGGUUCUCGGUGUUCUUCGCGAACCCGUUCAACAGCCUCAUGGACGCUUUGCAGGGCCAGGUUUUGGUCCCGCUGUCCGCUCUAGCCGGCAAGGAAGAAGAAGGCGGAGUUCAGCCCGAGCUGACCCUCCCGGACGGCAAGGCCGCCGCCGCCGUCGGCACCGAGGAGGACAAAGAAGCCUCCUUGGCGCUGCAAACCCUGCUGGGGGAAAACACUCUCGGGGGUGUUGAGGACAAGGGAGAUACGGGGGGCGCCGUGGCAUCAUCCGGCGCGACGGCAGGGGGCCCCGCGGGGGGUGCUGGCGGCGGUGCGGGAAAGGAGACCGUGAGGGACGCGGCAGCGGUGGCCGGGGGAGGCGGGGCGGUGGCGAGGCUGCUGGGGAUGCCGAUGGGGUUCAGGAACACGAUCAGAGACGUCCAGGACACGAUCGGGACAGUGCUCGACACGGUGGAGGCGGUGAAAAACCUGCUGAACUGGACGCAUCCUCCGAAGACCCUCCUGGUCUACGCCAUCGUAGCGCUCGCCUGGCUCGUUCUGCUGGUAGUGCCCGGCCGCUACAUCGUCCUGACCCUGGGGUUGCUGGAGUUUUCGAAGGCGUGGAUGACGGGCGGUCAAGAGCCAGAGCUGGUGGCGGAUGGCGGCGGCGGGGCUCCUUCCCACCUAGCUAUUAAGCUCAGGAACCUCCUCCUGAGCCUCCCGGUGGACUCCGAGCUGGCAGCGUGCUACGCCUGGGAAGCCAGGGAGCACUCGAGGAAGGAAAAGGCCGGCCUGAAGCUCAGAGAGCAGAGGGCCAGGCUCAAGCUCCUCGGGGCGGGGAGGCAGUGGGAAGGGGAAAUGCGAGUCCGAGAUAGGGCUGGAGACCCUUGGGAACCCAGAUACCUUGUGGUCCUGGGGCACCGUCUGGCGUGGUGGGGCAGCUCGAAGGAGUUGGACGACGGGAAGAAGGCCAGAGGACAGCUCCUGUUGCAGGGCCACGCCGGCGUUACCCACCUGUCUCCGCUGGAGGCCAGGGAGCUGACCGAUCCGAGAAAGGUGGUCUGCGUGUUCGGCAGGAGCCCGGACGGUCUUCCGCACAAGGUUACGUUCAUGGCCGAGAGUGUAGCUGCCAAGGAGGCCCUGGAGAACGCCGUCUCCUCCGUCAUGGAGACUAAGAGAGACUGAAAGAAUGCCGGAGGCCCUCUCGUGUAUUUGUGGGUCUGGGGUGUAGAGUAUCACAGCACCGGCAAGGUCCCGCGUCAUGGAGCUCGCCGCGCUGAGACGUCAGCGCUAGACAGGCGUAGAAGUCGUUUGAUAUGGGUCGAUACCAUCUCACAGUAUUGCACUGGGGUGUACUCGACAUGCGGUGACUUGUGCCGUCCGUGUGUGUUUUUUUAGAGUGAGCGUGCGGUGCUUAAG